AUGGCAUUUAGAAGGCAGUUCUGGCCCGGUCAAGAGCUUUUGAAGCGCAACGGUCUAACAAAGUGGCUCAAGGCUAUUCCAGGCAAUAUCGACCUUGAAAAGUUUGUGGCGCCGAUCUUUGCAAGAAUGUUCCUCGAAGACAGAACCAUUUUACCACAAGGAUUUUCGAACGCCGAGCUCUUUGCAGCUAUCUAUGGGCCACUAUGUAGAGACGCAUGGCGUCUCGCUGCCCAGCGUGAGGACUGGGCCCCUCGCCGGUCCCUGCAACGUUUUCUCGAUGCGGUGGCGCUGAGGAUGACCAGCUAUAAUUCAACGUUAGAAGGUGACGCCCAAAACGGCCUCCGUGAAGCUGGGGUGAGAGCCUUGUGUCCCUUGUGUCCCUGGGAUAUGGCGCCUUUUAUCUACUUUCCGUGUGGCCAUGGGAUUUGUGAGCGGGAUGCAUGGCGCUUCUCGGGAGCUGCCAUUAAUCACUCGUACUGCUCAACUUUGGCUCACUUCCGGGUCUGCCCUGUUUGUGGAGCUCCAGCUAAUCUCAAGAAGCGUCUACGUGCGUUACAGGCUGGAUUUCGGGUGGCAACAAUCGACGGCGGCGGAACAUAUGGGUUCGUGCCACUCGUUGCCUUCCGCGAAAUUGAAAUUGAAGGCCUUCCCAAGGCACUAUUGCCGCACCAUUAUUACGAUUUAAUCGCGUGCACGAGUAGUGGGUCUAUCACAGGCACUGCGUGGGGCAUCAAGCAAUGGUCUUUAUCGUAUUGUAUCGACAUGUUUCUUUCAACUGCUGAGCACGUAUUCGCCAAAAAGAGGGGUAUCAGAGCUCGAGUGAAGAGAUGGUGGCGUCUCUAUCGAGUUGGAGCUCAGUACGAUAUUGACCAACUCUGUCAAGUCUUAAGAGACCAAUUUGGGGACGUUACGUUGCGAGGGAUGCCUCUCGACACUCAAGAGUGUUCCGUACGUGUAGCGAUUCCGACCACAACAUUUGAUUCAAAACUUUGCCUGUACCGUUCUUACGGGGAUUGUCUCUGCGAGGGGAAGUGUAGCGAGCAUAUUGCACGGGACCGGGAAGAUCCCCUUUGUUGGCAAGCAAUUGCAACCAGCUGCGCUGCUCCGCUGAUGUUCGAACCCCUAAACGAAAAGCUCGACGGUCUUUUUGUCGCCAACAAUCCGGCCUGGAUUGCGAUGAUGGAAAUUAAUGACCUUUCCCUUCUAGUCACGCGAAUGUUAGACUUCCAUGUGAGUUUCGGAACGGGCCGAUUGUUGGCCGCAGAUCAGGGUGGUUCUCACAACUGGACGAAGUAUCUUUUCCCAGAAUGGAUCCGGCGAGUGAAGUCUUGUGUCCGCGCCGCUGUGGACGCAGACGCUAUGUAUGAAAAAUUCUGGAACACCCUCGACAAGGCCGAACAAGAUGGUAAGCAUUAUCGAAUAGAUCCUGAAAUCGCCACGCAGUCACUUGCACCGGACGACCCUACCGCGCUCUCAGAGCUCGAGACAGAAACAAUGCGCUUGCCUAAACUACGUUGA